GAGCUGCCGCGAGCUCGCCUGAGGAGGAAAUGGCGGCGGUUGCGUCGGGCUCAGCCUCCGCGGCGGGUUUGGAGAGCGGCCCCAAAAUGGCGGAGACAGGAGUCGUCCCCGGAGGGGCCGGAGGCGGCCUGGCCGCGGGGGGGCCGGCGAACGGGGCGGGCAACGGCAUCGCCGACGGAGCCCCAAAGAGUGAAGGUGAAUGGCCCAACCAGAAUGAGAAAAGGAAAGAAAAAAAUGCUAAGCGGGGAGGAGGAAGUCGCUUUGAGCCGUACGCCAGCCCUUCGAAGAGAUAUCGAGCCUUCAUUACCAACAUCCCCUUUGAUGUGAAGUGGCAGUACCUGAAGGACCUGGUCAAAGAGAAAGUUGGUGAGGUAACAUACGUGGAGCUCUUAAUGGACGCUGAAGGAAAGUCAAGGGUAAGUUUUUGAGAGCAUUUCUUCCGUGGAUUUUUACUACAUGACAAAUAUAUGUUAUGGUGGUGUGUAACCCAAUGAGUUUGGGCAAGACAGCGUGUAUGUGGUAGAGUGGUUCUCUCGUUGGCAGUGCCCCAGAGCUGCUUGGGGGGGGGAGGGAGGUGGAAAGGGGCUUGCUAGGCCCAGCAGCGCCCCUGCCGCUGCCGCUGCGCUCCUUGGUGUUUGGCUGUACGAUUUAAGCAUGGAUCCUCGUGCACCUUCAUUGGCAUAUCAAUGUCCCAAACUUAGCUUAAAUGUUUUCGUGUGGUUCUUGUUGCCGACCUUCGUAAGCUCGGUGUGGAAGCAAGGUUGUAUAAACGUCAGAACUUCAUGGUAGUCUGUGUCUAAAUGUAAGAACGAAAGUAGCUGUUUGUGGGCCUCUGUGCUUCUCAGCUCAGCGGGAGGAUCUUUCAGCACCUUCCCGGAAGGCCGAUUUUGGAGGAGAGUGGGUAGGCGUUGGCUGGCCUAGAGGCAAGUAGGAGUUAGAAGAGGAGAGAGAGGUCUCUGAGAGAAAUUGGCGUCUGUUCUGCCGAUCACGACUUCUGCGUCACCCCUGGCCAUGUAGGCUUAGCUUCUGGAACUCAGGCGAACAGCAGUUGUACUGUUGUUUAAACGGCAGCCUGGACCUUGCAGUUGUAACCCCAAACGAGCCUCUUUUUAAAAUAUCUUAACACCAUUCUGCAUUUAGCUCUUGACUGACUUCUACUUUUCUGUUCCCUUUCCCCCGCCCCGUGUUUUGCUCCCGCCUACCUGACUCUCAACCUCCACGCUGUCAGGGCUGCGCCGUGGUUGAAUUCAAGAUGGAAGAGAGCAUGAAGAAAGCCGUGGAGGUGCUCAACAAGCACAGCCUCAGUGGGAGGCCCCUGAAGGUGAAGGAGGAUCCUGAUGGCGAGCAUGUCCGAAGAGCUGUACAGAAGGCCAUGGCAGCCUCUGGGAGCGGGAUGGGCAUUAGCCCUGGCCCUGGCGGCCCCGGGAUGAUUAACAUCCCACCCAGCAUUCUCAAUAACCCCAAUAUCCCUAAUGAGAUCAUUCAUGCCCUGCAGGCUGGCAGGCUGGGCAGUACCGUCUUUGUGGCCAAUCUGGAUUACAAGGUUGGCUGGAAGAAGCUGAAGGAGGUGUUUGGCAUGGCUGGCGUCGUCGUCCGUGCAGACAUUCUGGAAGACAAGGAUGGGAAGAGUCGUGGGAUCGGCACCGUCACAUUCGAGCAAGCCAUCGAAGCUGUCCAGGCUAUCUCUAUGUUCAACGGGCAGCUGCUCUUCGACAGGCCGAUGCACGUCAAGAUGGAUGAACGAGCGUUGCCGAAAGGGGAUUUCUUCCCUCCGGAGAGGCCCCAGCAGCUUCCUCAUGGCCUUGGGGGGAUCGGCAUGGGGCUGGGGCCGGGAGGAAUCCCGAUAGAUGCCAAUCACCUGAACAAAGGGCUGGGCAUGGGUAACCUCGGCCCCGGAGGAAUGGGCAUUGAAGGCUUGGGCUUUGGAAUGAAUAAAAUGGGAGGGAUGGAGGGCCCCUUCAGUGGAAUGGAGAGCUUGGGCCGUUUUCCUUCCGGAAUGAAUAUUGGCAGGAUGAGUGAAAUGGACCGUGCGAUUGGAGGCGGCUUUGAAAGAGAUUUCCCAAGAAACGAAAUGGGAAUGCCCCGUAGUUUUGGAGACACUCUGGACAGAGGAAUAGGGGGUGGCGGCGGUGGCACCACGAUUCCUGCCAUUGACAGGAUGGCCCCUGGGCUGGACCGCAUGGCCACCAGCAUUGACAGGCUCCCCACCGGGAUAGGUCAUGGGAUUGAGCGUGUGGGCUCUGAGAUGGACCGCAUGGGGCUGGUGCUGGACCGCAUGGGCUCUGGAGUGGAUAGGAUGGGGUCGGGCAUCGACCGGAUGGCUCCCCUGGGUCUAGAUCACUUGGCCUCUAGCAUCGACCGGAUGGGCCCUGGGAUGGAUAGGAUGGGUGCUGGCCUGGGCUUUGGCCUGGACCGCAUGGGCUCGACCAUCGACCGGGUGGGCACUGCCAUGGACAGGAUGGGCACUGGUGUGGACAGGAUGGGUUUGGGCUUGGACCGCAUGGUCCCGGCAGGGAUGGGCCCAGUGAUGGAUAGGAUGCCCGCAGGGCUGGACCGCCUUGGAGCGGCCCCCAUGGACAGGAUGGGGCUGGACCGCUUGACGGCCCCCAGCAUGGACAGGAUGGGGCUGGACCGCAUGGGCGCAGCUGCGACCAGCAUGGACAGGAUGGGGCCGGCCUUGAGCCAGGGCAUGGGGGCAGGGCUAGACAGGAUGGGGCUGGCCAUGGGGAGUACCUUCGAGAGAACCAUGGACAUGGAGCGGGGGAGCUUCGCUGCCGGGAACUUCGCUGGCGCCCUGGGAACUGGAGGACCCGUUGCUGCCCCUGCCGCUGCCGGAGUGGCCAGGAAGGCUUGCCAGAUUUUUGUGCGGAAUCUUCCUUUUGACUUUACAUGGAAAAUGCUGAAAGACAAGUUCAACGAAUGCGGUCACGUACUGUAUGCAGACAUCAAAAUGGAGAAUGGGAAGUCCAAAGGGUGCGGUGUGGUGCGGUUUGAGUCUCCCGAGGUUGCUGAGCGAGCCUGCCGCAUGAUGAACGGCAUCCAGCUCCGUGGCCGAGAAAUCGAUGUGCGGAUUGACCGGAAUGCUUAAAGCCUAGCUUGUUAAAAUGCUGAAGCUGGGGGCGGGGGGAGUGGGGAUUUGUAAUUCCUUCUUGUUUUUUUUUUUAAUUUGCUUGGAUGUAAAGAUGGUGAGACAACUUUGCUGCUUUCUGGAGUAAUUUUAAUUCCCUUUUUAAAACCGAGGGUGGCUCUUUCUAUUUUGUCUUUUUUGUUUUUUUGCAUUGAAACUUUUUAACAUGCACAAUUCUGGUUCUUUGUAGUGAUGCCACCUUGUUGAAUUUAAAGACUUGUUGCACUGUGUCUUGGGUAGUACUUUUUCCAGGAACUGGUGGCUUUCAAUUCCUGCCCACUCCUGGCUGGUGAAAGGACCUCACGGAAAAGCUCUUUUGAGGAAUCCUAGUGCUGAUGAUUUGUGUGUCCGUUCUCCUCUGGAAAGUAGCUUGUUUGGAAACUUUUACAGACUGAAGUGUUUGGAAAUAGUAUGAAUAGAACUUGAGUCCGACCAAAACCGUGUCCUGUACGAGAUCUGUUGAUAUUAAAAGCGUUUCCCUGUGAC